AAAUAUGAUCAGAAUAUCAAUGUGCCUAAUAAUUAUUCACGCACUGUAAAGAUGUGCUCACUUUACACAGAGUGCGCGUGAUCGCGAAAUCGAACGUGAAAGUGAACUGCGAGCGCUUAUUCAAAUGUUAUUUCAAUACCCCACAUAUUAAUAGCGCGAAAAUUAUAUACAAUACAGAAUGUUUGCAGGAGUCAGAAACUCAGCAGGAGCGGCUUAAGAAAACUCCAGGCUGCACAUAAACACACGCUAGGUUUUUUUCAUUCUGUCUUUGACAACACAUAUAGGACAAUUUUUGAAAUAGCGCCAUAAACUAAAUUUAUUUCAAAUUUAAUUCAAGCACUUUCAAGGACCUAUGUUUGUUUUCAAGUACUUUCCAGGCCUUGAAUCCAUAUGUCUGAAAUUCAGAUACUUUCAAGAAGCGUGGGAACCCUGAUCAUAUAGGAACACUAAUACUGGCAGAAUGUACUCGGGAAAACACAUGUUCUGCAAUUGUGGUCUUGGACACAGACAUCAGGUCAUGUUUUGCUCUCUUACUUCACUUUUCAUAGAAAUAUACAGAGAAACCUGAAACAUGUUGCUGGCACAUGGUAAAUACCAUUAUCAAGAGUUAUGGUUAUGAUGAUGGUGAAUAACAACAGUAUUUAAAAAUGGAAAUACAUAAGUGGCGGUGGGUGUGGGCCAAUGAAAUGGAAUAUACUAAUUUAUUUUUUUAUUUUUUUCCUAGACAGUUGCUAGUGUUGCCUAAUAUCAACAUGCCAUGAGUGAUGCAUAUGAUCUUUCAAACUGAAACCUUUUUGGAAAAAUGUCAUGGCACUUCUAGAGGGGAAGCUUUUGUGGUAAGGCUAGACUGCGUAAAACCAGAAUGAGAAAAGUCUUGUUCUUGACUGAUAUACAGAUACAUCAAGGACCCAGACAAGACUUCAGGAGAGAGGAAAUAGCUAUUUGUCUUGAAUUGCUGCAUCUGAGCUUCACCUGAUCAACCAUGCCACAUCUUUUCGCUGAUAUUCCAGACAAACUGCGUGUGAUACUGUCACAGGCUGCAAAUAUAUUUCUAGCUGUUGUUCUGAUUUACAUUGUUCAGUACAUCUUUAAUUCUGAGUUUUCAUGCUCCUGCACACUUGAUUUUCAUUUAAUUGGGUACAUUUACAUUAUUGUCAUUCCUCUGAUAUUGUUCUUCAUUUUAAAAAUAGUUAGACAAACCACAACAAAGGUUUGUGCUGUCAGUUGCGGCGGUCUCUGUUCUCACAUCUUCCAGUUUUUUGGAAUCUAUCUGUUUUGGUGGGGAUUUGUCCUUUUAGAUGGAGACCUUUAUGUUUGUAUUGUGACCAAAUUUAAUGACUCACUGGUUGAAAUUCCUUGCAAGGAGAAACACACUCUUCAAGAAAAGAGCAUGAUUACAAUCUACAAAAACUUUUCACAGUCUUUGGGUUACAUCCUCAUAGCUGUUGGUUUCUUUGGAUGGUGUCUGAUGUCAAACACCAAGAUUGGGAUUUGUUGUGAUAAAUGCUGUCAGAAGUAUCUGAAGAACUGCUGUAAAAGAAAGCCCUAUUACAAGAGGCGGUAUGAGGAGCUUCUGUCCGAGGAAACUGAUGAAUACUUGGAUGAACAAUUGAGACAAAUAGCCAAGACGAAAGCAAAAGGUGUAUGUUCGAAGUACAUCAAUUCUAUUGCAUCAAACCAGAUAAGUCAAGAAAAUGAACAAACUUCAAACACUUCACAGACUUCAGAAACAUCUAUAAAUGUUGAAGAUGCUUGGCCUAAAAUAUCACAAGCAGAUUUUAUACACCUGAGCAUUCGCGAACAAUGUGACGAAAAUAAUGUUGUUUAUCAGAAUGAUGGUUGAUUUCAAUAACUGUCCGCUAUUUAUUGGUUUAAUUCAAGAAUAAUAAUUUAAAAAUAAUCAAUUUCAGAUGAAACCAUUGGAAUGUUUGUAAAUACCAUCAUCUAGACCAUCUUCUUUAUACACCAAGAAUAAAUCAGUAUUGUGUUUUCUGCCACUGAUAAUAAUAUGAAAUAAUCACAAGUUUUUAGCAAAAAAUAAGCCAGUACUUUCUGUUAGAAAGCCUUUUGAAUAUCUUUGAUUAUCUUUGACAUUUUGUUAUAAAAUAGUCGCUGCACUCAGUCAAGUGCUGCAAUG